UGGCCAGCAGGAGGACCGGAAGAGGCUGGCCGGGCUGCUGGUGUCGGCCCUGGAGCAGGGCUUGCCGCCCUCCCGACGCACCGCCUGGCUGCAGAGCCUGCGCAUCUUGUCCCGCGACCGCAGCUGCCUGGACCGGUUCACCAGCCGCCCGAGCCUGCAGGCCUUGGCCCGCCACGCCGGCAUCUCGACCACUGAGGGGCCUGAUUCUGAGCCCCCGGACAUGGACGUCAUGCUCGAGGCACUCAAGUGUUUGUGCAACCUGGUGCUGAGCAGCCCCACGGCACAGGUCCUGGCUGCCGAGGCCGGCCUGGUGGUGAGGCUAGCCGAGCGGGUGCAGCUGCACAGCCAGCAGGGCGUCCCGCACGAUGUCCGGUUCUUUGACCUGCGGCUCCUCUUCCUGCUCACAGCGCUGUGCCCCGAUGUGCGCCAGCAGCUGUUUCGGGAGCUGCAGGGGGUGCGCCUGCUGACCGCCACUCUGGAGCUGACUUUGGGUUCAGCCCCGGAGGACAGCCCCCUGGAGCCCCUCCCUGGCCAGGAGACAGAGCGGGCCAUGGAGAUCCUCAAAGUACUCUUCAACAUCACCUUCGACUCUGUCAAGAGGGAAGUGGAUGAGGAAGAUGCUGCCCUGUACCGGCACCUGGGCACCCUCCUUCGCCACUGCGUGAUGCUGUCGGCUGCAGGAGACAGGACCGAGCAGCUGCACGGGCACGCGGUGAACCUCCUAGGGAACCUGCCCCCCGAGUGCCUGGACACCCUCACCCCUGAGCCGCACCCUGGCUCCUUGGAGUUCAUGGGCGUGAACAUGGAUGUCAUCCAUGCUCUCCUCGGCUUCCUGGAGCGGCGUUUGGACCAGACUCAUCGGCUGAAAGAGAGCGUGGCCCCUGUGCUGAGUGUGCUGACCGAGUGUGCCCGGGUGCACCGUCCUGCUAGGAAGUUCCUGAAGGCCCAGGUGCUGCCCCCGCUGCGGGAUGUGAGCACGCGCCCUGAGGUCGGGGAGCUACUACGCAACAGGCUGGUCCGCCUCAUGACGCACCUGGACACGGACGUGAAGCGCGUGGCUGCCGAGUUCCUGUUUGUGCUAUGUGCCGAGAGCGUACCCCGAUUCGUCAAGUACACAGGCUACGGGAAUGCUGCCGGCCUCCUGGCUGCACGUGGUCUCAUGGCAGGGAACCAGGCCCCGGGCCAGUACUCAGAGGAUGAGGACACAGACACCGAGGAGUACAAGGAGGCCAGGGCCAGCAUCAACCCAGUGACAGGCCGAGUGGAGGAGAAGCCUCCCAACCCCAUGGAGGGCAUGACGGAGGAGCAGAAGGAGCACGAGGCAGUGAAGCUGGUGAACAUGUUCGACAGACUCUCCAGGCACCGCGUCAUCCAGCCCAUGGGCAUGAGUCCCCGCGGUCACCUCACAUCUCUGCAGGAUGCCAUGUGCCAGACCUUGGAGGGGCAGCUCUCCUCAGAUCCCGACUCGGACCCCGACUGAGGCUCAGCAUUCCUGCCCUUGAGCUGCUGCCUGUGGACGGCCCCCGUCCGCCCAAGGCUGCUCGCGUGUCCUCUGGCUCCGCUUCGUCUCCGUGCUGGCAGGGCUCAUCCUGCACUAACUGGGAGCCCGAGGAAAGUGUCCGCCCCGCAACCUGCGAGGGUGCUGCCCCCCAGGUACGGACAUCGACCCAGACUGAAAUGUCCCUGGGAAGAAUGCCCCUUCUCCGGCCACAAGGACACUGUCUUAGAAUAAAGACUUCAUGAGAACA